CUGAGUGGCAACGUCACAGCGUUUCUCGCGAUCGAUUCUCCUUGUUUGGAACCUAACCAUCACCAUCCACUACAACAACUUUCGAACGACGCGUCUAACAUGCCUUCAAAGCGCUCUAAAAUGUCGAAUGCUGAAGAGCCAAAGGAGGACAAGGAGAAGCGCCGCCCACAGAGAGCGAGAGGUCGUCGUGGUAAACUACAAGGAUUAAUGGAUAUGCCACUGGACAUCUGACUUGAGAUUUUUGAGGUUCUACACCCACUGGAUCUACUACAUCUCGCUCGUUCGACCAAGCUUUUGCGCUCAAUACUGAUGAAGCGGUCUUCAUCUACCAUCUGGAAGAACGCUCGACUUUUAUCAGACUUCCCCGAGCCGAUGCCUGGGUUCUCCGAGCCGGCGUGGGUCAGUCUUCUCUUUGAACCUAACUGUCAUUUCUGUGUCAAAGGUACUGUGCAUACAGUCGAUUUCACAUUUCGAGUGCGCGUAUGUGGCAAAUGUAUUCAACAACAAUUCAUGUCUCACCAAGAGGUUCUACCGUACGACGUCAUCUUUACCUCAGAGGGCGAGACCAUCGGCGACAUUCUGGACUGUCUGCCUACUCGAUGUUCAUCUCGAAAGCCAUUUCAGGGUCAAGAUAUAUGCCUACGCCGAGAAUAUGAACAAGUGAAAGCACACUACCUUUCUCUCAAGUCUGACCAGCGCAAAACGUACCGUGAAGAACGAAAAACAUUCAUUGAGGAGAUAGAGAAGCAUGUCAAAAUCGGUGAAGCAUGGCACAAGAGGAGGGCCCGUAGUCGAGAGGAAGAGCUAGACCAGUUGCGGGCGGAUAGGGCGACUGCUAUAACCAAGAAGCUCGUCGACCUUGGCUAUGAGAAAGACCUCGAAAGCAUCAAAGCGCCUGAUUCUUUUCAAGACCAUCGUCUUGUCAAACAACCUCGCGCUUUGACUGAAAAAGGCUGGCACAACAUCCGUCAAGAUAUGAUCCAGUUCAUGGAGAAGAUGCGAAGCAAACGCCUUGCUCGUGAACAUACUGCUCUGAUCCAUUCUCGAAAAGCCAUUGCAGCUUCUCUUUUUAGAACAUACAUAUUAUCCCCCUCUGGCACGCCUUACACCACCGUCCUCCCUAGCAUCGUCGACUUUUACAACUUCGGCCCGGUCAAGGAGCUCCUUGACCUUCCGGAUGAGACUAUCGUCGAAGAACACAGUUUUGCACCAGUCAUACCCCAGAUUGAUGCGUUCUGCCAGGCCUGGCGUGAGCGUAUUCACAACGAGCUCAUUCAAUUUGUAGGGCAUCCAGAUCCCCCUUCACUUCAGACUAUGGAGCAAAAAGUUGCCUUCCUCAAGCUCGCCCGUAAUGUGUACUCCUGCGGUUCGCAUUGUGGGGGUGCAUCCUGGAUCUGCGUUGCUGCAGAAUCAAAACUUUAUUAUCCGCAAGUUCUGGCACAUCAAUGUAGCGUGACAGAGUUAGAUGUGCAUCAGGACGACCCUCCAGACCAGGCUAUCUCUUUACCACCCCUGAGAAGAUGUGCGUGGACUGCUAGGCACUUGUCACUGCAUAACAAGGCUAGUGUUGUUGUAUCCGCCUUAAUUACAGCAUUGGAUCGGGACCCCAAGCAGACAACGGUCGAUGAUAUGGAUAACCUGGAGCAGUUCUAUCAAUGCAAUCUAUGUGAACGAAACGGGUUCUUCUUCGUCUCGCAUACGGUUUUAUAUGGUUGGCGUGCUUUUGUAAAACAUUUCUGCAAUGAGCAUGCGUUUCACGUGGAUAAUGGCGUCCUGACUUUGACACCUGACAAAGAUUUUGAAGUAAUGCCGAUUGAAAGUAUCGACCCGAAACAUAUGGACACCUACGAACAGAUGAUGGAUCAUCGCGACCUCCGUUGGCGUUGUCUUCGGUGCAGAGAUUUGUCCUCUGAGAUCGAAACAUGCAAUUUUCAGAGGCUCAAGGCACACUAUCGUUACCAACAUGUGGGAGUCGAUCCCGAGACGCUUGUCAUCAACAGGGAUUACUACGAAGAGUUUGGUGUCCCGCCUCGCGUGGCGUCCACCGAGAUUCGAACUUUGAACUCCGAACCAGAUAGUGUAGCUUUCUGGUAGUGUCGCAGUCAGCAUAAGCCAAAGUCUUUGUACGAGGAAGUCAACCUUAGCUUUUAGGUGUUUAGUUAUGGUUUAGUAAUAUCAGGCUAUAACAUUUUCAUUUCUGAGACA